GAGGACAAUGGAGGAUAUUUACAUUUGAAAAGAACUUACAUUUUCCGGAAAAUAAGGCCGCUUCAUCCGAUAAGUGUUUCUGUUCCGCUUUCUCUCCGGUGCCCACCAGUGUUGGCGGUGGUUGUGCAUGCAGGAUAUUCUCCUAAGAACGACAAAAGCUCACUUUGACUCUCUGAAAUAUUCAGCUUUUAGCCUUAUUGACAUUUUUUGAUUGACUAAACAGAGUAGUGUAGUUGUUAACGAAUAACAAUCAUCCUUGACUCUUCAUUGCGUGUGCCAUCACAGUGGCCUGAGGACGGAACCUUGCAGAACUCCUCGCUUAGAGUCAGAGACAAGUUCACCACCACCAUCUUAGACCUGCUCCAUGUUGGUUCAGCGACAUUCUUGUGAAAGCUGUGACUGGCGCUGAUCCAAAACGCCCUCUGCACUUUUGCAACACAAAACACAGGCGGGUUUGUUCUGGUCCGCUCAAGUUGGGACAAGACUUUGUGUUCAUCCGUGUGUGUGUGUGUGUGUGUUUGUGCCGCAUUGUGUUCACACUUCACAAUUAGGAAAAAUGUGCUGACUCUGCUCGCCGCGAUGGAAGCAACGUUAAUGUGAGGCGACAUAGCGUUGCUUUCUUCUGCCGUCUGCACACGCCGACAGCCAACAACACGGUAAUACAUGCAAUGAACACAACCCAACCUGAGGAUAACAAUCACACCCUCAGAGCGAGUGUGUGUGUGUGUGUGCCCUUCAUGCCAAGCGUCAAAGCGGGGGGCACAGACGAGCACAGUGAAGAACAUUACAAGGUCGUGAAGCUAAAGCUAAAUUUUAAAAAAUGCUAGCAAGUCACACAUGUAUUAUUUUAACAGUGAAAACAAACUUUGUUCUCCAUAACUGACUAGGACAGCGGAGGUGUGUCUAUGCUGACACAUCGGUUGAGGGUGGGGCCGAGGCCACACCUCCUGACACCCUACCUUAUAUAAGUGGUGUGCUUCAGUGAGACGUGAAGCUCAACACAAAGACUUCUUCUGUGACAACUUCCUCAAUCAUCAGCAGGUCUAGAAGAGGAUGGCGCCCCACAAAGAGUUUGAGGCGGCGGGAAAAAAGCCGGGCCUUCAGGUGUGGCGCGUGGAGAAGAUGGACCUGAAAGCGGUCCCGGCUGAAGUCCACGGAAACUUCUACACUGGAGACUCCUACAUUGUCCUUUUCACCACCGAGGCGCCGGCUUACUGCAUUCACACCUGGAUCGGCGCGGAGACGUCUCAGGACGAGCAAGGGGCCGCCGCCAUUUUCAUGACCCAACUGGAUGACUUCCUGCAAGGCGCCGCCACACAGUUCACCGAGUUCCAGAACUACGAGUCUAUUAACUUCAUGGGCUAUUUCAAGAAAGGCAUUAAGUACCAGAAAGGAGGCGUGGCCUCAGGCUUUAAUCACAUCAUUACAAACGAGGCCAACGUCCAGCGCGUGCUGAAGGUCAAAGGUCGCCAUCAGAUCCGAGCCACCGAGGUGGACCUGUCGUGGCUGAGCUUCAACAAAGGAGACUGCUUCAUCAUCGACUUGGGAAAGGACAUCUUCUCCUGGGCGGGAAGCGAGAGCAACCGCUACGAGCGCCUGAAAGCCACGUUGGUCGCCCGCGACAUUCGCGACAACGAGCGGAAAGGACGAGCGGCGAUGCACCUGAUCGAUGAGGGCUCUGAGCCGGAAACUGUCAUUAAGGUGCUAGGACCGCUGCCCCAACUGCCGCCGGGAAGUUGCGACACACCUGCGCACGUACACAGCCCGGCCACGCUGUACAUGGUUUCCAACGCCAGCAGCAAAGAGAUGAAGGUAACUCAGGUGGCCGACAAGAGUCCCUUCAAGCAAAUGCUGCUCUCCAAGAAGGAAUGCUACAUCGUGGACAACGGCAAAGACAACAAGAUUUUUAUCUGGAAAGGAUCUGAUGCCAGCAAGGAUGAACGCUCUCACAGUUUUCAAGCUGCCAAAAAGUUCAUCAAAGACAAAAAUUACUCCCCACACUGCCAGAUCCAGAUUCUGCCGCAAGGGGCUGAAACCACACUUUUCAAGGAGUACUUUGAGAACUGGAUGGACAAGGACGAGAGCACCGGGCCGAGCAAGCCAUACACCAUCGGGAGGAUCGCCGUCGUCGAGCAGAUUCCCUUCGACGCUUCCAGCCUCCAUAACAACACCAGGAUGGCUGCCCAGCACGGCAUGGUGGACGACGGCUCGGGCAAAGUCCAAAUCUGGCGUGUAGAAGGAGGAGACAAGGUGCUGGUGGACCCCUCCACCCAUGGAGAGUUCUUUGGAGGCGACUGCUACCUAGUGCUCUACUCUUACAAUGACUGCAGAGAAAAGCACAUCAUCUACAUCUGGCAAGGAAACAAGUGCUCCAAGGACGAACUGGGUGCCUCCGCCAUUUUGGCUGUCAACCUGGAUGAUUCCAUGGGAGGCAUCGCAACUCAAGUCCGUGUCACUCAAGGCCAAGAACCUCCUCAUCUGCUGAGUGUGUUUAAAGGCAAACCCCUGGUGGUCCACCAGGGUGGGACGUCCCGCAAGGGUGGCGACAAGGUGGCAUCUGCCAAGCGACUGUUUCACAUCCGCCAGAGCCGCACCAAAGCCACCCGGGCCGUGGAGGUGGCGCCGGACGCUUCGUCUCUGAACUCCAACGACAUUUUUGUGCUCAAAUCCCCAAGCGGGAACUUCCUGUGGAAGGGCCGUGGAGCGACAGCGGAGGAGAUGGUAGCCGCUAAACACGUGGCGGGCAUGCUUGGUGGGACCCCCACUGAGGUGGCGGAGACCAAGGAGCCAACAAGCUUCUGGGAGGCGCUGGGUGGGAAGAAGAGCUACCAAACCUCGCUGGUCCUGCGUGACCCAGUCUUGCAGUGUCCUCGACUCUUUGGAUGCUCCAACGCCACGGGCAGACUGAUUGUGGAGGAAGUCCCUGGAGACUUGGACCAGUUAGACUUGGAGACCGAUGACAUCAUGAUUCUGGACACUCAUGAUCAGAUCUUCAUUUGGAUCGGAAAGGACGCCAACGAGACGGAGAAGAGUGGCUGCAUGCGCAUUGCCGAGGACUAUGUGAACUCUGACCCCUCCGGUCGCCGUGGUACCCCCAUCUGCAUCAUCAAACAUGGGGAGGAGCCCCCCUCCUUCACUGGCUGGUUCAUGGCCUGGGACCCCACCUUGUGGGACAAAGACCUUCUGGCCAGCCUGCAAGUUGCACAUUAGCAUGCAAACGCUCCUGCUUGCCAUGUAGCUUAGUCAGCCUCAGCCUGGCGGCCAAUCAGCUUGCAGCUCUUUAACAACAACACUCUGAAAAAGAAAAUACAGCUAGCCAGUCCACAUGUUUCACAGCCAUGUGGGCGUGGACCAAAAGGGGGUGGGGGAUUUAAUAGAGGACUCAACCUAACUUGACUUCAUGUCCUAGAGCAGGGUUGUCCAAAGUGCGGCCUUGAGGCCAAUUGCGGGCUCAGCACAUUAUAACAAUUCAGAAACAGCAGCAGAAUUGCAAAAAAGAGGAGAAAGGCAGAAUGUACGGAGAAAAAGUUUAAAUGUUGACGCUGACAUGCAGGUUGUCUUUUCUUUAACUAGCAUAUGAGGUUGGUUUUAGUCUUUUUUUUUUUUUUUUUAACUAAAUAAAAACUGUAAAGUUUGGACACCCUGCCUUCGAGGAUCAUGUGAUUGUCACAUGUUUACCCUGUCCUGUCUUUGCUUGUUUUUAGUGGAAUUGUCUUUUUUUCUGCUGAUUGCAAACACACCUUUUUAAUAAACGUCAGCUUUGGAGUGGCAA